AACGACAAACCUUGAAGUAAACUGUGGGGGUGCCCCAGGUAAUUUUAUCCACUUAAACAACACCACGACUUCAUUGCAGCUCUCUUUCCCUGGUCGCCUUUCCACCUUCUCCUCCCUCACAGCUUCGCAACCAAAUCACAGCCGAUUCUCAUCCAAAAAGGAAAAAUAAUAAUAAUAAACCCCCCGAAAAAUCAUUUGGCAUUAAACAAGCUCAUCUCGGUCUGAAGCAUACGUUCCAUCUUUGUGCCCUCGCCCUCGAAUCAUUAUACCUAUACCCACCGCUAAGCCAACCAACCCAACGAAUCCUAUCCAUUGACCUCCCAAAAGUGUGAAGCUACCGUAUUGGGCAUCCCAUCACUUAGCAGCAGCCCAGCCAUCAGGGCUACGACUAGAUUGCUUUUGUCCUCCAAGCCUCUCGCUGCGCGCGUUUUUCCUAUAUACAUAUACUAGACUACCACCCUCCCCCCUUCAAGGACAUGGCAAACUCUACUCUAGCUUUUCCAUCUUCUGAGCCUCUCAAUCACUCCCCUCCUCCGCGAAACGGUAAUGCUAGUAGAACUACCAGAACUUCCAACUCCCGCCGACAUUCUUUGCCUUUUGCCUCUCCCCCUUUCUGCCCAAAGAUAACUACAUCAUCCACAUCUUUGAUAUCCAGUACCGCUGAGGGAAGACCAAUCCCCCUCGACGAUUCUACAGCUGCGCAUCGCACUACUGCCUUACGAGAGCUGAAUCGUUCUCAACCCUCUUCCAAUUAUCGGUGCGCCAGAACGACUGGCUCUCAGAGUGCCAACACGACGGCAAAAGCCUAUUCCCAACCAGUCAUAGUCCGCACAUAUUCAGGCGCACAUCCAUCACCAACAACCAGGGGCUCCCUCUCUGUCUCUCCAACCCCGAACCCAUCCUCUCGCCGUCCUGCUCGAGAAGUCAUGACAAUAGGUAUGAAGCACCACUUAAGAAACGAAAAGGCCCGCGAUGUGGCCACCGAUGCCAAGUUCCCGCCUCUUGAAUCAUUCACCUUCCAAAGCAUUAUGAGAGGGAUACAGCAGGAUGUUGGCACAGAUUUAGAUCGGAUAGCAGAGAUAUGCGCGGGCUCAAGGUAUUCUCUUAGCAACCAAUACGAAGUUCAUAUAGCGCCUCAGUGUUCGGGAGCAAGUUCUUUCAGGCCAGCAUCUUCCUCGUUGUCGAAGAAAGAUGUUUCCUUGGGGCCCACCCUCCAGGUAAUAUCAAGCGAUGAAGAGCACAUGGGCUCUAUGCAAAGAACGCGGAGAAAUACAGCCCGGAAGAGGAGCGCUGCUUAUGGCACACUGGAGACAAUAAUGAGUUCUAGUCGUUCCUCGGACGAAGACCGGGAUAAAAAGAAAUCAGCUGCUGAAAUUGUAGACGAACUACGGGGACGUGAAGAUAGUAUUGCUAAGGACGAUGAUGCAAGUCUUGCCAGCACAGGAGCUCAUGCCAACAGCAAACAAGACGGCCAGGGACGACAAAUCAUACCUACCUCAUCCCUUUUCGUAACAACUAUGAUUAACACUUGUCGCGGUCAAAUGCAGGAUGAUAUUAAUACAACCAAAGAGCGAAAAGUAACUUUAAUGAGUGCACCUUCGCAUCCACAAACAUCACAUAAUUAUUUACAUAUAAUGACUUUAUAAUAAAAGUUUUAUUAUUUACACCUCUUUUUUUUAAUAAAUAAGCU